CAUGUCCAAUCUGAGCGAUGUAGAUGUGACUCGCUCUCUCUCUUUCUCUGUGUUGCUCAGAUGAGAAACUAGCAGCUUAGGAGAAGCACCCUCACUUGAGUCUCUCAGAGCAUCACGCAUCAUGCUUCCUCCUCUCUUCCUCUCCUCUCUUUCCUUUUCCCUUGCUUUUCUCUCAGAUUCCUCAGGUUCUGACAUGUGUCCAUUGGGUCAGUUUCCAUGCGGGAAUCUGUCAGUGUGUUUGCCUCAACCACAGCACUGUAACGGGCAGCAGGACUGUCCAAAUGGAGCAGACGAGGAGAACUGCGUGGAUAACAGUGGUUGGCCCCAUCUAUUUGAUGCAUUCAUGAAAACAAGGGUCCAGGAAUCAAAAGAGUGCAUGUUAGAUGUCUAUCCUGACACGUGUCAUUGUGAGGGUCGGAAGGUGAAUUGUAAUGGGAAAAACCUGCUCCAUGUACCUGCUGUAUCCUCUAAUGUGACUGCACUAGAGCUGAACAGUAACAGAAUUGAAUCUCUGUCUCGUGAUCUGUUCAUCCGCUACAGACACCUGGAGAGACUACAUUUGGAAAGCAACAGUAUAGAAACGAUCUCCAAGAGGGCAUUUUCAGGACUGGUCGCUUUGCGUAAACUUUUUUUGAGUCAGAAUAAGAUUUCGUCUCUGAAAGCAGGCAUAUUUAGUGACCUCAGCAGUCUGGAGUGGCUGAUUCUGGACGAGAACAGAAUAUCCUCUCUGCGCCAGAAGUCUUUUGAAGGCCUGAAAUCAUUAUUUUUCCUGUCUUUAUUAAAUAAUUCUGUCGAACAGUUUCCUAAAACCUCAAUUUGCCAUGAAAUGCCCCGUCUCAACUGGCUGGAAAUGGAGGGGAAUAUAAUUUCAUCUCUCUGGGCAUCAAGUUUUAAAAACUGCUCCUCUCUCACCGUGUUAGCGUUGAGGAGAAACCGCAUCAGCACCAUCGAAGAAGGAACUUUUGCAGACAUGCAAAGAUUGAUAGACCUAGACGUGUCUGUGAACCAGAUUAAAGAUCUGCCUCCAUCUCUGUUCCAGAACCUCCAGAACCUCAAGCAGCUAAAUAUCUCCAACAAUCCCCUGGUGAACAUAUACAGCAAUCAAUUUGACAGUUUGGUGAAUCUGCAGUCUCUGAGCAUGGAAGAGGUGGAGAUUCCCAACAUUAGUAUCAGGAUGUUCCGGCCCCUUACCAACCUCACUCACAUUUAUUUCAAGCGUUUUGAAUUCUGUGGAUAUUCUCCAAAUGUGCGGAGCUGCAAACCAAACACAGACGGAAUCUCAUCCUUUGAGAAUCUGCUCGCAAACAUCAUUCUGCGGGUGUUUGUCUGGGUUGUCGCCUUCAUCAUUUGCUUCGGAAACAUCUUCGUCAUCUGUCUGCGGUCCUGUAUUGCUUCAGAGAAUCAACAUCACACCAUGGCCAUCAAAUCCCUUUGCUGUGCAGACUGUCUCAUGGGUGUAUAUCUGCUUUUCAUCGGUGCCUUUGACAUCAAGUACUGCGGCGAGUACAACCGUCAUGCUCAGAUUUGGAUGGAAAGCCUGUCCUGCCAGCUGAUUGGCUCUUUGGCCAUGUUGUCUACAGAAGUGUCUGUCAUGAUGCUGACCUACAUGACACUAGAGAAAUACCUGUGCAUCGUCUUCCCGUUCCAGCAUUACCGUGCCGGGCGAAAACAGACCCUGUGCUCACUGACCUUCAUCUGGCUACUAGGAUUUAUCAUUGCCGUUAUUCCCUUCUGGGAUAAACAGACAUUUGGGAACUUUUAUGGGCGGAAUGGAGUGUGUUUCCCUCUUCACUCAGACCAGACGGAGAAACCUGGUGCUAGAUGCUAUUCCACAGCCAUUUUUCUCGGUCUGAAUCUGCUGGCUUUUGUGAUGAUCGUAUUUUCUUACUCCAGUAUGUUUUACUCAGUCCAGAAGACAGCAAAGACAGCGCGUCAAACAGUAUAUGAUCGGGAAGUGACUAUUGCAAAGCGAUUUUUUUUCAUCGUGUUCACUGACGCCCUGUGCUGGAUCCCCAUCUUCCUCUUGAAAAUACUCUCACUGCUAAGAGUACAGAUCGCAGGUACUAUCAUUCUGUGGGUGGUGAUUUUUAUCCUUCCUAUAAACAGUGCCCUGAACCCCAUCCUGUACACAAUCACAACCAGCGCGUUUCAGCAGCGACUUAAACAGUGUCUGAAAUAUCGCUGCCAGCAGACUAACUGACACAAACACACACUAUGCAUCUGCUCUGAGAUUAAUAUUCCAUGUGGAUUAAAAAGUGAAUAGAUGACAGGAUAAUGACCCCACACACAUACAGUACACACACGCACAAACACUCAAGAUGCUCUCCUCCUCUGCACAAGUUAAUAAGGCUUAGAGAAGCCUGCAGGGUUGAAGAAAUGAGAGCGCACACAGCCACAUUAACCAGCAGACCAUCAUCAACAAUAUAUGCUUAUGCAAUUAAUAUGUAAAACCAGCCUUAUAUGGAAAAGCAAAGAAAGCACAUACCGUAAACCUAAGAAACUGCAACUGCCAUAAAGACCUGGAGCAGCGCAUGUGUACCAGGAGAAAGCCAAACUCUGUGGCUGUCAGAGGAGCAGAUAGGAGACUGUUCGGGACGGACCCGGCGGGAUGAGGAUUGGAAUGCUUCCGACUGAUUUAAUUGCAUUUUUGUUUGCUUGUGUGGAUGUGUUUGGAAAACAAAGAAUCAGGGAUGGCAGUUGCAUAUAGUCAGGAAACAUUACUUGAAGGGCCGUUCAUGACACCUUUAUAAUCAUGACAUGACAUGUCAGGAAUAUGAAUGAAUUUUUAUGAUAACUGCUAUUAAGUGUCAUUCGCUCAGUUAUGUCAUUUUAAAUGCAAAUGUGACAUUGUUUGAUAUGUCUUUGUUAUGACAACUUGACUUUGCUAUAACAACAUGCUUUGUCAAAAAUCUUUCAUGAUGCAAUUUUAAUGGGUUAGAUGCACACAGACUUUUAAUUUCAGUCAGCCAGCCCCAGGGCUUCUGGUGAAUUGUCAUUCCAAAAUUGACGCAUUUAAGAUCUGAUUUCUUUACAAAACAGUGAUCUUCACUGCUUGGCUAAGAUGCACUAUAUGGUGGGUCUCAAACCAAACAAGAAGCACUUCAUGUGUUUAAAAUAAUUAAUUUUACCCCAGUGUUUUCAAUAGAGUUUCUGUGCUAGCUUGCAGCUUAUGAUGGUGCCUGUGUUUCUACCUCUUUUCACGCUUUAAUAAACAAAUAAAUUCUUAAGUCUAUUUAACUGAAUGUAUUGUAAUUACAUUAUAACAAUAAUGCUGUAAAAUAAAGCUUAUGAAACUGAAAAUUGUCACGUUGACCUUUUAUCAGAAGUUCAUAAUUGGCUGAAAAACACGGGAUGUGCAUAUAGCCCAUUGUGUCAUGGAUAUUCUUCUGAUCACUUUUAUCACAACAAAACAGUUUACAGGGACAGCUUCUCUGGUGUCGGUACUCUGUCAAAUAAAUUUAUAACAGCUUAAUAAUAAUUGAUGACAUUUAAAUGCCAAAUUCAAUUGGCACCACUAGUAGUUUAGGUUAAAAAUUCAUAUUACAAGUGUACUUGCAUAAUUACAUUCAUGUUUAUGACGGAUUUAUGACAAGUUAUGUUGUCUUGGUAUUGUCAAAUUGUCGUGACAAAGACACUGACAGGUUGUGAUGUAUUUGGUUCUGUAAAGUUGUGAUAAAGACAUUUCAAACAAUGUCACUUUUGCAUUUUAAAGGACAGCUGACAAAUGACACUUAAUGACUGUUGAGCAUGCAUAAAAUGUCAUUCAUAUUCAUGAUAUGUGUCAUGUCAUAAUUGUGUCAUGUCAUUUAUGAACACCCCCUUCAAGUAACGUGUUACCAAACUGAAAAUGAAUAUGGUGGAGAAGGAAGUAUGUGUAUUGAAACGAUUCAACCAUGAAAGAUCACAAUAAAAAACAAUCACAGCACUAAAAUGUACAAAGGAAUAGAUACUGUGUGUGUUCACAUUGACAUCAAAUGAUUCACGUUGCUGUUAUUAAAUUACAUGACUUUUAUUGUGUGAUUUUAUUAUCCAUGAAGUUCACAGCUUUCUUUUGUCUGAUGUGAUUGUCAUUUGUCUAAAGUAUGUAAAAAUGAAUGUAAAAACCAAAUAAUUGCAACAAAUAAAUAAUAAUUAUUUAAAUAUACAUAA